GAUGAAUUUAUUAAGGACACUGAUCCAAAAUCGAUUUCUAUGUAUCACAGAGAGUAACUGUGACGUGGACUAUUAAAAAUAGUUUCUUCGCCAUGUGCAAGUUAGAAAAAAAGUGGUGGAGGUUGUUUGGCUUUGGUUAAACCUAACCCUAAUGUGAUUUCGUCUUUCGUUAUAAGUUUUGUGCUGUGUGGUUUUUAAUUUCGCCCCAAUUAUGGAAUAUUCUGUUGGAAGUUUAGCCGAAUUAAUAUCGGGCAAAAAGUCCGCUAAGAAACUGAAACUGGUUAAGAAAACGGUAGAGCAAAAAUCCGAAAAAUCCGUCAAAGUCAAACAAAAACUUAGGGGAGAAAAACGGAAAUUGAAAAGUGGCAACGCGGACCCUUUGGAGGAUGAUGUUGAAAUCGACAAAAGUCCCAAAAAGAAGAAGAAGUUGAAUAAAAAAGUUGAAGGUGGUGGUGUCUUUCUAAGCUCCGUUGCCGAGGAAACAAAUGGCAAUGAAAAAAGUGCCAAACAGAGGAUAAAGAAGAAAGAGAAGCUAGACAAAACUAGUUCUCUAGCAUACAAUGAAAACACCAUUUUCAUAGGAAAUGUUCCGAUAGACGCAACAAAAAGUGAUAUUAAAAAGCAUUUUCGCAAAUACGGAACCAUCGAAACUGUUAGAAUUCGCGGAAUUCCCGUAGCCAAUCCCCAAACUCCAAAAAGGGUGGCGGCCAUUAAGAAAGAGUUUCAUCCUGAUAGAAAUACGGUUCAUGCAUACAUAAGGUUUAAUAAUAGCGAAGACGCAAAGAAAGCUGAAGUGGAGAAUGGUGCCCUAUUUAAAAAUCACCAUUUGAGGGUGCACUGUUGUGGAUCCAAGGCCGAACAUGACGAAUCCAAGGCAAUAUUCAUCGGAAACUUAAAUUUCGAUGCUGAAGAGGAAGAUUUGUGGACCCUGUUUAAAGUUUGUGGUCCCAUUUCUCACGUUCGGAUAGUAAGGGACGGCCGAACUGGCAUUGGCAAAGGCUUCGGUUAUGUUAACUUCAAAGAUGCAGACUCGGUACAGCUGGCACUCGAAAUGGAAAAUGUUUCCCUUAAAAACCGAGUGCUAAGAAUAUCACUUUGUGACAAUAACAGGGCAAAAAAGAAGAAGAAGCAUGCCAGGAAAGAUAAAAACGCCAAUCAAAAGCGAUUCAGUGUAAACCAAGAAAAUAAAAACGCCUCUCAAUCGUCCGACCAAAAUAAACCGUCCAAACUAAAAAAGAAAACCGGCAGCCCAAUAAUCCCCAAAAAAAUGCAAAAAAGUACCGGCGGUACCGUCAAUUUUAGUGGUACCAAAUUUGACGAACACAAGAAGAAAAAGAAGCCCAGCAGCGUUUUAUUGGAAAAGAAAAAAUUGGCGAGGAAGUUGACCCACAAAAAAGAGUUUUCAUAAGUAGACAAAAAAAAAACAAUAAAUUUAGCCGCUCACGAU